AUGCUCCUUGCUCAAUAUGUUGCCACGAGCAUAACGAUAGUCACCACCGACGGACGAAUCUUCCAAGGCGUUAUUCUGGGCUUCGAUCAAACCUCCAACAUAAUUCUGGAGAAGUGCCAUGAGAAAAUACUCAAGGAAGACUCCACGGACAGCAUAUCGUUAGGCACCACUGUCAUUCGCGGCGACAACGUGUAA